UUUUCUGUCGUUUUUCCAGGACUACCUUGAACAUAACCACGGUUGGGGCCCCUGGGGUGAGUGGACCAGAUGUAACGCCCAGUGUGGAACUGGGUCCAUGACCAGAGAUCGGGCGUGUAUCCGUGAAAAUCACGCUUGCCAUGGAAGCCGUUUGCAGUUUAAAGUUUGUAAUACUCAGGCGUGUCAAGCAGGUCAGACUACUUUGAGGGAACAGCUCUGCUCCACCCACGACGGGGAGGACAUUGGUCACGGACGUUACAGAUGGGCGCCUUACAUGAUCUUUGACGGAAGGUGCGAAUUGACAUGCCAUGCGCGAGGUCAAGGGUUCUAUACGACGUUUAAGGAUCCUAUCACUAAUGGAACCGUGUGCAAAAAGGACGGGUCAUCAGUUUGUGUGCAGGGCGUGUGUAAGGUAAGAAGAGAGUUGGCGAGGAACGUCUGACGUCACAAAUCGUGCAGUUACGUGAUACCUUAAUCAAGCAAUAUAUUUAUUAUUUAUUACAUCCGUAGAUAAAACUUGAUUAAAACUUACACUUUUGUAGUUUAAGCACAGGAUACAAAUUAAGCUG